AUGACCACGAUGAGCUCAACACCGCUGGGCACCGCUCAGCCAGCUCCUCCGCUUCAACAACUUCCAGCCGCCGGGCUGCCCACCACCCAACUUCCAGUCUUCCCCUCUCUCAGACCGGACACGAUAGACGCAAGACUCCAAGCUUUGGAGCAGAACGCCCAUCAGCAAUCUCAGUGGCAAGCCUUGUUCCUCGCCAGUCAGACCGAGCUCGCCACUUGCAAGACCAAGAACGCGGAGCUCAAGAAAGAGAUCGACAAGCUUACUCUCAAGCUCCACAGUUUCCAGCAGAGGGUCAACAACGAUUUUUCCCUCGCCAGCCGCCACUUCAACACUGCAUUCCAUCGCCUCUCGCAGAUUGAAUUUCACCAUACCAAAGCCCAUCAGCAGCUCGACGAGCGUCUCACGCAUACUGUGCAGCAGCAAGCCGCCCAAGCCGACUCCUUUCACAGUCGCUAUAUGGCCCCCCUCCUCUCGGCUAUCCACCGGCUUCUCCCUGGUGAUCAGACCGAUUGCACCCAGUCAAGCAUCUCUAGAAGAUCUCCUUCGGUCACAGAAAGGGAGGCAGUCGACACUCCCGACGCUUCGCUGUUGCCGUCCAUCGUGCAGCAGGUGAUCUCCACUCUGCCGCCAUCUCAGCUGCUCGGACAUACAGCAGCCGACCAGAUCCUGGCGCCACAUGCGAGCCAGCCGCCAAUCGAAGCGGCAGCAGUCCCACCGAAGAGGUCUGCGUCAUCGAUUGACUCGGCCUCCGCUUCUCGUCCUGGGAACGACGCUUCUGGCGUGGAAUUGCCUCCUGAACUUCCUUCCACUCUGCCAACCCCCGCGCAGCGCGCAUCCCAUUCGGGUCGCAUGUCAAAUGCUUCGACUUCGUCCGAACUCAAGGCGUCUCCGACUCAUGAGGUACAGCAGCUGGCGGCUCAUCAGACUGUCGAGCUUCCGAGCGCGACUGCAGCCUCGUCUGAGUCCUCGCCGGGCACCAAAAGGAAGCGAACGCCAUCGGUAGAGCAUAUCAGAACGCAGAUUGCGCGGCGUUCUACGCAAUCAUCCAUCAAGUCGGCGGGCAUCUCUCCAGAGUCGACUCAAUCUGCUUCAUCUUUCGAAACUGCACCAGCAACACUUCCGUUGUCCCACGCUGUCUCUUCGGCCACUCCCCAUGUCGGAACUCCACCAUCCAGGGUGGUGCAAACGGCCGCCUCUGAGGCCAUUCGACCACGGGACCAACGACCAUUAUCGACUCCGAGGGACCUUGCGGCUUCGCAGCAUCAUCUUACCGGGCACUCCACAGUACCUUUAGGGCCGCAAGGGGGCUUGUCAGUGGCUCAGUCACCUGUUGACAUCUCGGAUACACCUGCUGUGCACAAUCGACCGAGAGCCGCUGAUGCCACCGUCACCAAGAAACAACCGCCUCAACGACUGCUUGUGCCCGAAGCAGGCGAUGCUCGGGUUCAACCGUGGCAGCAACCCAGCCCAUGUUCAGCACAGGGUCUGGUGAAAUCGUUGACUUCACGUUCAGCCCCGAGAGCCGUCAAUGCAGCACGUCCCGAUCCAACCGCCAAGUCUAACGCUCCCUCUCUGCCAGAGCGGCCUUCGACCGCCGAUCUAAGGAUCGUGAGAGGGUCGUCCUCAACAGCGCUCUCGACAUCUACUGAAGGUCGAAACAGCGCGCCUGCCCAAGCACCGGCCACGCAUGCUUCUCCGCCUCCUCGACGCGUCACUGCUGCCGGAGGAGCAUCCCGACGCACUUCACCGUCUGACGAUCGUCGAUCUGGCAUGGAAGCGGCUCAUUCUCGUCUUGGCCCCUCCGACGCAUUCGUCGCGCACGGAACGUCGUCAUGCGACGUCGAGAUUCACGAGGGGAGCGCAACCUACACCGAAUCGCUCUCGCCCAAUUGGAGCAGACCGAGAUCACCGACACAGGCAUCUCCGCCGACCAGCCCCGACGUCCCUCUCAGCAGUCUCGCCUCUUCUACAGACUCAUCAUGGCCACGACGGUCCUCAGCCGGACCGCAGGCUAGCACGGCCGCAGUCGGGCCUGAGUCGAAGUCAUCGAACGAAGACGCUCGAACCACGCAAUCCGCGAGUGCGAGGCAGGGCCAGGAGCCAGUUGUGCGCCUGCGAGGGCUGGCUGCACCAAACUCCAACUCAGCUUCACACGUCGCUGCGCCUCCUGCGGAAGGCCCUAAGCGGCCGUCAACAGCUGUCCGCGGCGCUCUGACGGCAGAUCCGCGGCGCAAAGCGCUCUUGCCCACGCAGCCUGCAAACUUGUCGGGCUUGUCGACGUCAACGGCGUCCGCAGGGCCUAUCAAACCAGUAGCGCCUUUAAAGCAUGCACUGCCCAGCAAGCCUCUCGUGUCAGCAGACCAGGCGGCACGGACUCAGCCAGACACCUCAAGAAGUGCAUCCACCCUCAUCGCGCCGACGAAGUCGCCUGUGCAAAGCGUCACACCAGAGCACGGCGCCAUCGUGCCCCCUUCUGUGCACGCGGCGGAGCGGACUGAUUCAUCGUUGCCUCGCUCGUCCGCUUCGAGCAGUGACCUGGGUCGAGAUGGUGUUGGCGUACAGUCACGUCAGGAGGUCGGAGUGCGCCCAUCUCCGCAUGCGGACGCCGACGGAUCUUUGGUGGCCAUUUCGUCUCGGCCCCGGCGACGAACUUCCUCAGGAUCUGCACCAGCAUCGCAAGCUGGUCAAGAACCGCCGCAGGCUCCAUCAGCACCCCUGAACACGAACUCUUCGGCUCGUGUCCAAGGCGAUGCACGUCCGGGUCCAGAAACGCCAUCGUCGGCGGAAUCGCGUCAGCUGCCUGCUUCUGCUGCGGUAGAGAAGCAGCAGGCAGGUCAGCUCCAACCGCAUAGAUCCCUUCCUGAUCCCGACAAGCACCAAGCAGCUGCGUCAGCCCAUUCGGCUGCUCCUAGCUCCCAAGAUCCUUCGGAAUCGACAGCAGAUCAGCGGCAAGGCGAGAGAGGAUCCGACCAGAAUCAGCACGUCAAGCAUGAUGCAGGCCCGGAUCUGUCCAAGACUCGGACAUUGCCGAGACAGCACCAGUCUCGAGUCGAGCGCUUGGCUUCCGUUAAAAGGACAUGGGCAGAUCGUGAGGGACGUAGCCCGUACUAUUUCAUGGCCUUCCUCGGCCGCUCCAGUCGUCCGACAGCACUCGUGGUAACGGACGACUCGCAGAUCACGGAGCCGCUGAUCUCUGAAGAUCUUGCAAACGAGUUGCUCCAAGACGGGAAUGCAAGCAGGGCAAGAGGAUGCGAGUCCUGGCUUGAAGUGGAUCUCAGCUGGCCCUACGACACCGUGAAGCCCCACGACCGCACGGUCGGCUGUCCGGCUUGGUUUCGAGCCGAACGAUGCCAGUUCUUGAUUGUUCCGAGGAUCUACAUGAAAGAAGGGAUCUGCCUAGGCAGAAGGGAGCUGCGCCACCUCAAUCUGAGAAUGGUCACGAAAGGUGCAGGUGGACGACCAUACCUUAGCGUUCCGACAGCAUACGAGCAGGGUGUCAAUCUUUCCGCCUUUUCUUCCCACGAGCGGAUGCAACACUUAACCACACCGUUUCAGAGGCUCUGUCACCUUGCCGAAGUGGCGGUGAAACGCUCGCAGGCUAGCUGGCGCGUCCGAGAGGGCACGAAGAGGCGCGACAACACGGACUCGCAACGCUCCGACAGUGCGCACGGCGACGUGUCAGGGAGCAAUGCCUUGCCUUCGCACCAUGAAUCCCGGGCAUGGGGACGCAACACUCUUCCAGAGGAGUCGUCCUUUGAGGCUGGGUCGAGCCACGAGAGAGACAGCAUGUCCCGCGAAACUGGCGAGCGGCGCGACGCAGAGCACGUUACUCAUCGCCUUUCAACUUCUCUGGGAAAUGCAACACCGCUCAGACGUUCGACGGCCCGGGAUCAAAACAUUGACAGGGGCAGCUCGGUCGCCAGUGCAGAAGGUAGCAGGACGCCAGAGUUGGACUCUGGUUCGCCGUUAACGCCGUUGAGCCAGGUUUUGGAAGAGGAGGAGGAGGAAGACGAGUUGAUGGACGAGACAAAUCCAGAGCACAGGUCGGCGCCCGAGACGCUACAGGACCUUACCGAGGAUGAGGGACGCGCUGUCAUAGAGCGCACGCAGAGGCUGCUCCAGGAGCAGCAGGAACGGCGCGCACGUCCGGGCUUGUACGGGGAUGCGCCGCCCUCGGGGCUGCAGUUGAUGGGAAGCUCUCACCGCUUCAAGACCUUCGGCGAUGCAACGCGGUGA